AUGAAUCAUGUUACUAAUGGUCUAUCUGAUGCUUUAGCACCUCGUAAACAUACAGUGAAUAAGAAUACUACACAAAUUGGUAAUGAAUUUAUGCCAUGGCAUGGUUUAACAAGUUUAUGUGAUCUUAAUAAUGUAUAUAAAGUUAUGAUAUCGGAGGAUUUAAAAACUUCAGUAUCAGAUUGGGAUAUUACUUAUUUUUAUAUGAGUAGUGAAAAUGAGAUCAGUGAAGAACUACGUGAAUCAAUAUUUAAACUUGGUUUAAAGUUAUUAGAUGUAAUUUCAAAGUUAAUUGAACAAACUGAUGAUAAUUUAUUAGAUGAGAAUAUUGACAAUAUAAUGGUCAAUAGUGUUGAUGAUAUACAACAGAAUGAUACGAUGGCGAAAUCUAAUCAUUAUGGUGAUUCUACUCCAAAAUCUAUCUGGUUAGUAUUAAAUCAUGUUCAAAUAGUCAAUUUAUUAGAAUUAACUCAUAGAGCUGCAUUCAAUUUACCUAUGCUUGAAAGAAGACCAUGCCUUCUUCAAAUAGUUUAUGGUCCAUAUGGUUUAUUAGCAUCAAAUUUAGGUGCAAGUAAUUGUUUACAUUCAUUAAAUCGAAAGUAUAAUAAUGAAAAUUGUUAUUCAAGUAAACUUAUACCUAGUUUGAAUAGUUUAACAGGUAUGUAUUCUCCAACAACAUUAUCAAAAUAUGAAUGUGGUGAAGAGUUAAAAACAUAUUUUGGUUGUACAUUAAUCACUUAUACAGCACGUAUACAAGAACGUCUUCAUACUUUAUUUAUGAGUCAUAAAAGAAAACAAUUAAUGUUAACUACUAAAAAUUCUAAUGAUCAAUUAAUAUCACGUUCAAUUGCUAGUUGUUAUAUAAUACAACCAUCAUUGCCUAUUAUUAAAUUAACUGAAAUUCUAUGCAGUCUUGCAAUAUCUCCACAUCGAUCAGAUAUUCAACAAUUUGCUAUAUGGUUACUUAAUUCAUAUAUAAUUAAAUUUAUUCCUUCUAUUGGUACACAAGUGGUCAAAUCAAUGAUUCAUCGUUUGGAUAAUAUAAUCCCAGAUAUAAAGACUUCAAUAUCUUUGUCUAAUUCAACAUUGUUAUGUUCAUCAUCAUCUUCCGCCGUCUCCUCCUCCUCAUCAUCAUCAAUAUCGUCUUUAUCUGCUGCUACAUCUACCUCUUCUAUCAUUUCACUUGAUGCUAAACUAAAAGUUAUACAUCGUCGACGUAUCUCUAUAAUUAUGUUAUUAAAAAGUAUUUAUUGUCGUGAUUUAUGGAAUCGUGAAUAUGAUGAAUUAUUUCGACUAGAUCCUAAUAUAUUUGUUCAAUUCUGUAUAAGUCUUAUUCAACAAUUAAUUAAUUUUGAUAAAGAGAAAUCAAUUUGGCUUAAUAAUUCUUUGAAUAAUCAUCAUAAUGAUUCAUUGAAUCAUCAACAGCGUCAAUUAAAACAACUAAAAAUGAAUCGUGAUUAUUUAGAAAAUUUAAUUAAUCAAAUUUUAUUAUCACUUAAACAAUUUCCUGUUAAUUGUAUAUUAUAUUUUCCAGUCAAUUAUAAAGUAGAUAAAAUUCCAUCUAAUAGUUGGGUGUGUAAACUUUAUAAUGAAGUUGAUUAUUGUUUAAAUGUAUUUCAGUAUCCUUGUAAUAUUGAAACAUUGAAUACUUCAAAUAAAUUCAUUAGUAAAGUAUUUGAAAAACGUCGUGAAGCUGUAAUAUUAUUUACACAAAAUAUUUCUGAAUAUAUUGUUGAUAUAUGUUCAAAUCUAUGUAAAAAUAUUUCAUCAAAAGAAGAAUUAUUAGUUGAUAAUACUACUCAUAACAACAAUAGUAGUAGUAGUAGUUCGAGCAUAAGUUGGAUGUUUAUAUCAACAUUAUUAAGAUUUUUACGUUUUCCUAUUAAUCGAUCAUUAAUACCUGAAUGGAAUAGACAAUCUAAUCGUUUAAUUCCACCAUUUAUAUAUCCACCAUCUUUAAAAUUUAUUCAAAUCACCUUAGAAUUAAUUGUAUAUCAACAAACUGAUGUAGCAUUUUCUGCAUGUAAAUGUAUAUCAAGGUUAAUUUAUCAUCUUUUAUCUUAUUAUCGUAUACCAUCACGUAAAUGUAUUUAUCCUAUGGAUGUAUGUAAAAAAAAAUUGACUGAAAUUAAUCAACUUGAACAUUAUCCAAUAAAUAAUAAUAAUAAUAAUUUUAGUAUAAUCCCUGGACCACGUCCAGAUAAUUUAUGGUUAUUAUAUAAUGAAAAUGCUAAAGUAUUACAAUCAAAUGAAGCAUAUCAAUCACAUCAUCAUAUUGGAUCUAUGCCUUAUGGUUAUGUUUACUAUCCAAUCGAAUUAUAUAUCUAUGAUCCAGAUUGUAUUAUGCCUUAUCCAGUAUUCAAUGAGAAUAAACAAUUAGUUUUAAUGAGUUCAAACAAAGUGUCUAGUAUUAUCAUAGAUUCUGAUCUGAAAACUAAUAGUAUUGAUUAUUAUCAAUUAUGGUUAUCACAUUUUACUGCUAAUGAUGAACAAAAUGAUUUAAGACAACAAUGUGCUUGUUUAUUAGCUACAAAAUUAUCUAGUCCAUUGAAAGAAACACGUGAAUUUUGGGUAUCAUUAGCUAAAAAUUUAUUGUAUAUACAUCGUGCUUAUCUUGAUCAACCAAAUUUUUCAUUUCCAAUACGUUUUUUAAUUCAUGUAUCACUUAUUGCUUUUGGUCCAGAGAAUAUGUUAGAGCAUAUUGAAAAUUUUAUAAAAACAUUAUUAAUUACAUUGCCUAAUUCUAAUUUACCUCUUGAUGGUAAAGCAGAAUUUAUUGGGUUUUUUUGGGUAUGUGCUACACUUGAUGUAUUGAUAAAUGCUAGUUUUCUAUGGCAACGUCAAUGGAAAUAUUAUUUUUGGGGUCGUAUGAUACCACGUAUAUUAUGUUGGUCAGAGAUUUGUGCUUUAAAAGUUUCAUUGAAUGAUUUAGCUUGUUCAAUUGAUGAACGAUUACAUCCAACUUUAAAACUUAUUAAAUGGGCUAGAACACAAUAUGCUGGAAGAUUUGCUGGUGGUAGAGAUGAUAUUGAUCAUAUUAUUAUACGUAAUCCUGUGUGUAAAAAUCCUGAGGCAAUCAAUGGUAAUUCAUCUUUGCCAAAGAAUGAAUCAUCAUCGUCUACAAUGAAUACAAUUCAUUUGUCGUCAUCAUCAACAGCUGGUGGACCAUUACAUCGUGUCAUUUUUAUGUAUGAAUAUUGUAUAAGUCGUGUUAUGCUUAACGUGAAUCAUGAUGUCCAUUGUUUACAUCCAUUAUGGGAUUGGGCUGUACAAGGUCUACUAGACUGUUAUUCUAAUGUACAGAAUAAUAAUAAUAAUAAUAAUUCACAAUUGAAAAUAUCAUCUUGUCAACAUGUAGUGAAUAAAAAUCAUGGAAUCACAACUAUCAUAGAAGAUAAUUGUCCAUUAUGUUUACUAGUUGAACAAUUACCUAUACAUCAUCGUCGUGUAUUCUGUGAAAGAAUUUGUCAUUUAUUUAUACUUUCAUUAGAUUGGAUUGGUAUAUCAUUGUAUAAAGGAUUAAUAUCUUCUAUACAAAACAAAAUAUCAUUAACAUUAUCAUCAUACCAGUCUGAUAUAUGGUUAUAUCAAGCAUGUGAUAAUUCUAUAUGGAUAAGAGAUAUAGCUGCAGAGAUGGCUGCAUUUCGUAUAACAUGUUUAUUUAAUAUAAUGAAGUAUAGAACUAAAAAUAGUUUGAAUACUAUUAUGUAUAAAUCAGAAAAGAUUGAAUUCACUUGUCUAACAAAACAAUUAUCAUUUAUUGAUUAUGAAAUAGUCAUUAAAAAUCUCCUACAAAUAAACGAUAAUGAAAAACUAGUCGGUGGAGAUUUCUUAUUCAACUUGUUUAUACCGUUGCUUGUUCGAGAUACAUUGAAUAUUCUUCGAUUGAAAGGACAAAAUAUAUCCAAAUCAUGUACACACUUACCAGAAGCUCCACCAGAACAUAUCAAUUCAAGUAUUCUUAAACAGAUUUACAAUGCGAUUUCAAAUAAUAAAGAAUUGAUUAAAGAAGAUGACAGGAAUAGUAUUGAUAAAAAGAUUAAUUGUCGAUCAGAAAUGAUUGUAUUAUCUAAUCGUCUUUUCUCUUUAUAUACAUGUUUAACAUUUUCACUAGCAAAACAAUAUCCUAUUUAUUCAAAAGAAAGACAAGAUAAUAAUAUUGUAGAAAAUUGUAUGCAUCAAUUGAAUUUAACAUGUUAUACAAAUAUUUGUCAAUGGUUAAUGCCAUUAAUAGCUGAUGUCUGUUCUAUUAAUAAUGCAUAUGAUUACUUGAUACUUUCAUUAAAUAUGAAUAUAUUUCAAGAUAAUUCUAGUCUAUCAAUAAAAGAUUAUCUUAAUAAAGAAUUAGAUGGUUUAUAUUUUGGUUUAUCUUCAUAUCUAUUAGAUUUUUCUACAUUAGCAUUAUCAGGUCAACAACAAUAUAAUAUAGAAAAUGUUUUAUAUUCAAUUGAACAAUUUAUUCAAUAUUUUUUAAAGCAUGAAUCAUGGCGUACACGUGUUAUCGGUUUAUUAUUAUUUAGAAAUCUUAUUAUAUUCAAUUUAUCAGCAUUUCAUACUAUUCAUUAUAAUAAUAAUAAUACUAAUAAUAAUAAUGAUAAAUAUGAAAACUCGUCAUCAUCAUCAUUGAAUAAUAUUACAAUUGAACAAAUUAUAAAUAAACGUUUAAUAAAUAUUUUAUGGGAUUGUUUAAAUGAUCCUUUUUUAGAAGUUUGUCAUACUGCUAUGUUUGUUAUGGCUGUAUUCAUUGAGAUUAAUUUAAUUAAGUACGAUGCAAAAUGGAUUGAUGAUUUAGUGAAACAAAUGAAUCGACCACUUCCCAAAUCUAUCAAUCAAUCUUUAUCUAAUACUAUUCAAACAGGGAAUCGUUUAACCAAUGAUCAUGAUUAUCAAUCACCUAUACGAUCACGUUAUACAGCUAUAUUAGCAUUAUGCUCAUUUAUACAUGGACAUCCGCAUACAACACCAGAUUAUCUACCAUUUAUUAUAUCAGAAUUAACUAAUCAUAUACAUGAUCCGCAACCAAUUAAAAAAGUGAUCACUUCAACUAUUUCAGCUUAUUCACGUAGUCAUCAAGAUGUAUGGCAUGAACAAUCAUUGAAAUUUACGCCUGAACAAUUAGAUAAUUAUAAAUUUGUUACUUCAAAUGUUUCUUAUUAUGUUUAAUUGUGAAUAAUGUAGGAAAGGAAACUUUCUGUUUAUACUACUACUAUGAAUAUUAUUGUUAGUAGUAGUAGUAGUAGUUUUGCUAGUAGUAUUACAAUUGAUCAAAUGUACUUUAAUUAACCUCUUAUUGUUUUAACCUUAUCGUUUCUAUCUGUUCAAGAAUAUAUGUUCAAUGAUUAAAACAAUAUAAUAUAAUGAGAUGACCCAUUGAUAUAACUACUCCGGUGUAAUUUGUAUAACUGAUAAUUAUCCCUUAAUAUAAUUAUAUCACAUACAUAUUUUCUAUCUUUUUUUAACCUCUACACAUGAAUACAUAUUAUAUUUCAUA